CCGCGAUCGUAUCGCACAGUCCGCCGCAGUCCGUCGCGUUCGUAUCUUCGUCCGCGCCGCACGCUCUCGAUCGUUCGUUAACCGCCGCGUAUCCGCGAAUUACUUUAACCGUCAGUAUUCCGACAACAUCCUGUAGAUGUGCACCGGCGAGCACGUGAGUUCGCCCAGUUUUACAGUUGCGCGCGUGUGAUUUUUUUCGCUCGUGAUACGAAUUCGUGUUUGAUGUGCGUGCUAAUACCCUGAUGGCGAGUCUUCCGCGUCAUCCCGGGAUGAUGGAGCUGUUCACGCUGUUGGUGGUGUUAUUUGCGGUGUACGGCAGCGCGGCUGUGGCUGGAUACUCGUGGCCGGGUGAUGAAACCACAACGCGUUCAUCACCCAAGGACUUCCACUUUGAUCCAUUGGUGGUGGAGACAACCAGUGGUUUGGUUCGCGGAUAUUCGAAGACAGUGAUGGGUCGAGAGGUGCAUGUUUUCACUGGGAUCCCAUUUGCCAAACCUCCCAUCGAGCAACUCCGUUUUAGGAGACCGGUUAAAAUUGAUCCAUGGCAUGGGAUCUUGGACGCUACAAAAUUGCCCAACUCUUGCUUCCAAGAGCGAUAUGAGUACUUCCCCGGAUUUGAAGGUGAAGAAAUGUGGAACCCAAAUACUAACAUAUCUGAGGACUGUUUGUAUUUGAACAUUUGGGUACCGCAAAGACUUAGAAUACGGCACCAUCCGGAUAAACCCGUUCACGAACGAAAGAAAGUACCUGUUCUGGUUUGGAUCUAUGGAGGAGGUUACAUGAGUGGUACUUCUACUUUAGAUAUCUACGAUGCAGAUAUCGUCGCUGCCAAUAAUGAUGUUAUCGUAGCUUCAAUGCAAUACCGCGUUGGAUCAUUCGGGUUUCUGUAUUUAAAUAAAUAUUUCGGGCAUGGUAGUGAAGAAGCACCUGGUAACAUGGGCCUAUGGGAUCAAGCUUUGGCUAUACGUUGGAUCAAAGAAAACGCGGCUGCCUUUGGAGGUGAUCCUGAUUUGAUUACCCUUUUUGGAGAGUCUGCCGGUGGGGGUUCAGUAAGUUUGCACUUGCUUAGCCCAGUAACAAGGGGAUUGGCCAAACGGGGCAUUCUGCAAUCCGGGACAAUGAAUGUCCCGUGGAGUUAUAUGUCCGGCGAGCGGGCGCAACAGAUUGGCGAGGUUCUCGUGCAAGAUUGCGGGUGCAAUAUCUCUUUGCUGAGUACACGGCCCCAAGAGGUGAUGGAUUGCAUGAGGGCCGUGGAUGCAAAAACUAUUUCCCUCCAACAGUGGAACUCAUACUCGGGGAUACUUGGUUUCCCAUCGACACCAACAAUCGAUGGAGUGUUCAUGCCUAAACACCCUAUGGAUAUGCUCAGAGAAGGAGACUAUGAAGAUAUGGAGAUUCUUUUAGGAUCUAAUCAGGAUGAAGGCACAUAUUUCAUUCUCUACGACUUCAUCGACUUUUUCGAGAAAGACGGGCCGAGCUACCUGCAGCGCGACAAGUAUCACGACAUCAUCAACACGAUCUUCAAGAACAUGUCGCGCCUCGAGAGGGACGCCAUCGUGUUUCAGUAUACCGAUUGGGAGCACGUAAAUGAUGGCUAUUUGAAUCAAAAAAUGAUCGGUGACGUAGUUGGCGAUUAUUUCUUCAUUUGCCCGACAAACCUCUUCGCGCAGGUGGCUGCCGACCGUGGCAUGAAGGUGUACUACUACUACUUUACGCACCGCACCAGUACGUCAUUAUGGGGAGAAUGGAUGGGGGUUAUGCAUGGUGACGAGAUUGAGUAUGUGUUCGGCCAUCCGCUCAACAUGUCCCUACAGUACAACUCUAAAGAACGUGAGCUUAGCCAGAAAAUAAUGCAGGUGUUUUCACGCUUUGCUGCCACAGGCAAGCCGGUGACGGACGACAUCAAUUGGCCGCUCUACACCAAGGACCAGCCGCAGUACUUCAUCUUCAACGCGAACAGAAACGGCAUCGGCAAAGGCCCCCGCGCCACCGCCUGCGCAUUCUGGAAUGACUUUCUGCCCAAACUUAGGGACAACUCAGAUUCAGCCGAAUCACCCUGCGAGGCGAGCGUCGUCGGCGCUGUGGCGUCCCACGGUCGGCCCCGUCAUUCCACCAACGUUCUGCUGCCCCUCUUCGCUAUAAAAGUGAUGAUGUCCUCGUUACUCGCCCUCUAGACACCGCGCACUCACACCACCCCUUGAGGCGGUAAAUAAUCACAUUAAACUAGAUAAACACGCAACAAUGAUCCGCGACACUCCAAUCUGAAUAUUAUCUACGACAAACGGCGACGCCAUGAAGCAAACUGCGCGCCCGCGCGACGAAAUAUUUAUGAGAGAUGCAAAACAGACACGCUUAAGAAAUCAUCACAUAUCGACCAACAUUUAUACACUUAGUAUCAAGAUGUCCAGAAUUCUGAACGUAAUGAUUUUAUGAACAUACAAAAAAAAUGAUACCUAAAACCGGGUCGAGCUUAUUAUUGACGAAACUUUAAAUCUACAAAACACUUAAAUAUUGUAAAACCAACUACAUAACAAUCUCUUAGAGUCAAUAUUCGAAAUGAAACAAUCAUAAUGAGAGCACUUACUUUAACGCGGCGGAAACUGGUUCACACUGAGCGACAUAUUAUAUUAUAUGCCAAAUUUAUGGAAUGUAUAUUAAGAUGUAAGCAGAUAUACUAACACAACAACAAAAUUUGAUGAAAAAACAAAAUGAAACGCGUACAUAUCAUGUGCAUAAAGAUUGAAAUCGUAAUCGAAACAUAUCAAUUUGUGAAAAUUUGAGAAAAACCAAACAAUGUAUACAUAUCAUAUCAACUAAAUUAUAUAUACAUUAUACAUAAUGAUAGGCGUAAAUAUUUGAUGAGAUUUAAACAAGAAUCAUUGCAUAUUGAUAAUGUGAAAAAUAUCCGUAUUUUCAAAGAAAAAAACAUAUAAAUAUAUAUUAUAUUAUACACAUUAUUAUAUUGAGAAAUAUUAAGAUAAAUUAAACGGAAGAAGAAUGGAGGUGUUGAACAAAUUAUGUUUAGGCUAAUUUUAAAGAAGCACAUGUAAAUUACGCAAGAAAAUUGUUUAGCGAGAAUAUGCAAGAUGCAAGAUGGUUGUUGAUAAAUAUGUAACACUUUAGGGCAUCGCUUCAAUCGUGAAGGUUUUAGAGAAAUGAAUUUAGCGAAAUCGUGAACAAGUGUGCUUGACAUUUACUAUUGAACCAAACCAAUAUUCGCUUAAUGACUAAAAUGAUAAUAUAUAUCUAAUAAUAUAACUUAACGUUAUUAGAGCUUUUACACGUUGAGUUUUUCUUCGGUUGGUUUUGUAUACAAAUACGAGUAGUAUCACCGACAAUCAUUAUAUAUUUAUCUAUAAAAAUUAAAUCUAUAUAAACGCUCUAAAUUGAUAGGAAUUGUAAGGUUUGAGAAUGUUUCAUAAUAAUUAUGAAUCUGAAGGAUGUGUAAAGGUACUACGAAUGAAUCUUAUGUUUGAAGUAGGCUGUGUUAUGAAAAAAAGUUUUCAACGACCGAAUGCACGAACAUAUUUUAUUUUUAUUAUAAUUUUAAAUAAAUUUUUGUUAAAAGUUUUCUAUUUUUUGUUCUAUUUUUAUUUUUCGCCUAAUAAAUUUCCACUUUGACCGUUAUUCAACUAUUCAUUUGACUGUAUUGAUCUGUUGGGAAAUGACACCUGCGUUACGUAUUUUAAAAGCUUUCAAGUAAUUAAACCAAAGUUUGUUGAAAAUGCUCAACAUGCAUAUCGAUUUGCAAAUUGAAUAGGCCCUGCUCAAUUAGUUGUGGGAAAUAUUUUAUUGAUUUGACACAAACAAAAGCGUCUCGCGUUGCACUCACUGCCAAUUGAUUUGAUUGUAUGCCGAUGAAUAAUCAAGUUAGUGAUGCAUAAAUGUCAAGAAUAGUCGUAUAAAGUAAUUGGUUACAAUUUAUUCAUUUAUUGGAUACAACCAUGUGAUACUAAACAUUAAACAUGAACAUUUUUAGUAAAUCACACUUGACACAUAACACUAUUAUUAAUAUUACCAUCGUGACGAUGAAGCUUUCGUGUAUAACAGCUGAUAGGGAUCUUAGAUUGAAUCUUAAGAAGGUUAAUGCUUCUUUAUCGUUUAUUUCACGCGUAAUUUGGUAGAAGAAUAACUAAUCUAGUUAAUUAUCCAAAAAGAGUAAUUUUGGGUGAGCUUUAAAUGUGAUUGAUGGGAACUGGGAACAUGAUGUGUGAUUGUUAAGAUAUCUUUUGUAAUUUUCAAGAAAUUUUAUUUUAUUAACUCGAUUCUUGUUUGAGUUUAGAUUGUCAAGUGUAAAUAGGGACAAUAAACAAUAUCGUCGCAGAAUCAACAGUAAUCCCAUGAGAUGAUAUUUACUGCACGUCCCUUCUCACACGCCAUCCGGUUGGUCAUGAAUAUUUACACUGGCCAGGGCAAUAACAUACAUAUUGUCAAAUUAAAUCAGGCAGGAUGAGAUUUUUUAAAUAAUAAUUUGAUAUUUUUAUCGUUUAAGAGUUUAAUAUUUUUGAUAAAUUUACAAAUUUUUAAUCGGUUUGUAAGUGACUGUAUAGUCGAAACACGUUUGUGCCAAAUCUCGUAAAUAUUUGCCAUCAGAUAAUUGCGUAAUAAUAAACCCUCUUCGGGUCCCCCGGCGUUAUACCUUUACUGUCACACACGGAUAUGCACGUGCCAAACAUUUGCAAACAGAUAAUAGAGUCAAACGAAUAGAGAAAAAUUUUCAAAUCUAUAAAAAUUAUUACCUGAAACAAAGUGCAAUUUUAAUUAUAAAUCAAAAAAUAUCCAACCAAAUAUUUUGGUACAGCUAGUGUUGCAGAUAUGUGCGGAAAGCAGGUUGAGAAAGGAUGAGAUUGGUAGAAGUUAUAAAUAAUCUGGAACCAGGCCGAUUGUGGGUUAAUAAUGACAAUGACAGCGCGCAGAUUUAGACGAGUUUCAUUGUUCCUGAGUGCUGCUAAUUCGAAACACAAAACCUCGACAGGAGCACAUGCCAAGGACAUCCUCCACCCUAACACACCCGACCAUCGACGCCAUUAAGUCCAUAAGUUGCGCGGGGUGCGCUAGGGUGCGCAUUCGAGAGGUUCACGGCGAAAACUUUAAAUAUUUAUGCCCAACGUAUCGAUUGCUCCCACAACUUCACUACAAGCCUGUUCAAUUGCGGCAACAAAUGUAAAACCUGGAAUAUCAGGGAGUUUUUUUCGUCAUUUCGAACGCGUUAAUAAAUCAUAGACUCAAAUGGACAUCUAGUCAUCAUCCGGGCACGGGGACAUCAUGGUGAUUGAUUUUUCAAUCACAUGAAUAUGCAACGAACGGUUAAAACUAUGGUUAGAUUUUUGAAUUAAAUUGAUGGCUGCAAUGCGCGGGUGUCAUUCCAUCAGGGAGCAAUUUCAGCGCGCUUCAUUGUUGCACUGAAAAUGGAAACGAUAAAUAUCGCUAAUUGUUGUAUUAAUUUUCAUACAUUCACAAUUGUGUUGGAUAUAAUUUGCUGAAUUAAUUUUGCACUUUGUUCUCGCAUUCCUAUUAUAAAUAUAAUUUCAGCAGAAUUGAAAGUAAAAGAUGUACAAACGUAUACAUUCUAUAAACAAUUAGAUUAGUGCCUAAUUACUUUGUGAUUUAUACUUUGCUACCUAGUGUUUAUAUAAAUAGCUACCAGCUGUUUAACCAAUAUUUAAUUCUGCCACUCAGAUGUCAAUGAUGUUUACAUAUUCAAAGUGAAUAUUGCACGAAUGAACUUUAUAGUCAAUAUAGCAAAACACUUAUGAUAGAUGUAAGAAAAAUAAAAUUAAAAACUAACAGAAUAAAACAAAUGAAAUAAAAUCAAUUGGUUUGGGCUUUAAGAAUGAACAAUAUCACACAUAUCAAAACUUGCUUUCAAUGUUAACUUAAAAAAACAAACAGAAUUUCCGAUUGUGUUUAGUCCUCAAUGGGAGCAAGUAGUUACGAUGGCCUGAAUGUGUUUCCAAAUUUAAAUUAAAUUUACCAGACAGCUAAAUGAAAAAUAAAAGGCCUCGAUGAUAUGGUAUAAACAAGUAGAACAAUCAUAAUUAUUACACAAACUCGAAAUGAAUAUUUCGAAACACUUGCCCUGCAAAAAAAGAACAAAAAAAUAUAUGUAAUGCAAAAAAUUCUUUAGAGAAAACUUUCAGCAAAAUCUUAUGCCCGUUGUGAAACUACGGAAUCACUCGAAUAGUCAAUAUGAAGUAGGCGCAUAGCGUGCAGUAGCGUGUAAUGUAUAAACAAAGAACGAGUAUCAUUAAGAAAUUGUAUGAAUUAUUAUUAUAUGACAUUGCUAUGAACAAGCUAAAGAUAGCUUUAACAAAUAGUGCGACACGUAGCGCUAGAGAUACGUAGGGAUGUAGGCGAUAAGUCAUUUAAUUGAACCAGUUCGCUGAAUACCAAGCUAUGAAAGUGAGGAUGUAUUAAAUACAAAAAAAACACCUAACUUUGCACAUAUCAUAUAUGUGUCUUCGGCUGUCCUGUCCAAUAAGCUAAUAUUUAUAUACAAAUAUUUAAAAAGUAUACACGCUAUAUAUACAAAUAUAAAUAUAUAAAAAUAUAUAUACAUCAUAGAUUUAACGAACGUAAAUGAACCUGAAACUGGGCUAACGAAGUAUUAAUUGCGUUGAUGAUGAAGCAUAUUUGGACUUGGAGUUAACAGUUAAGAGUAUUGAAUAAAAUAAUGAUAAUAGCUGUAAAUGUUAAGUGUUAGAUGCAUUGUUGACGCUUUGUGUUUUGAAAUCAUGUCGAUAACAAUUCGUGACUUUUUCGUUUGACCUUGCUGUUUGGCUACGAACUGUCUGAUCUUUUCGUUUGAUUUGUAAACUCUUCGUUCGCAUUUUGAUGUGAUAAUAAACAAUGUGCAAACUGCACUCUUACGGAAUUUAAAUCAAUGAUAAAUGAAUUCAUGUAUUCGUAAGUUUAGUAAGUAACGAAUGAUAAGGGAAGCUAAUGAUGAAAAUAUAUAACGACAUAUCAUGAUGAUUAAUGAAUAUAUACCUAAGUUAUGCUGUAAAAGUAUGAAACAUAAAUAAAUAACGAGAUUAAUGUAAAAUGGCUGUUAUUAUACAAAGAAAAUGUGUAACAUUUUAAAGGGUCGUACUUUGUUGAAUGAUAAAUCUGAUGAAUAGACAAGUGAAAUGAAAAUGCACUAAUUUUUCGUUGAUUUCUACAAACCACAUCAAUGCUUAUUGUAAAGAGUAUAAUAGAUUUUAUACUCUGCAAACUCGUCAUGAACAAGAAGUGGUAUUAUCAAAGAAGACAGUUCGGUGGGAACCAAAAUGUAGUAGCCAUUAUUAUUCUCGUCGAAAUUGAAUUCGAGGCGCUCUGAAAGUCAAUAUUAGCGUAGCUAAAACCUAAACAUGUGCUAAUGCGUGUAAAUCACAGAAAAUUACAUAUCUGAUGCUAUUGCAUACAGCCGCACUGCGUGGAUUUAUUCUUCGGAAACGAUCUACGCGAAUAUUUAUAGGCAUUUGUAGAUUUAUACAAUCACAGACCUGACUCUAUAAGCCGCAAAACUUGAACAUUGUACAAACACUCACGUGGACGCACCGUAAUAUGUAUAAAUAUACACAGAUUAGUCUAUUGUUUUAUCUUUACAACAGUGGCACGUGCAAGUCUCUAAAACUGGUAUGAACAUGCGAGAUAAAACGUUUAACGUGAUGCAUAUGAUGAUGAUAUGUAGCUGCAUUAAUGCAUUAAAUGAAAUGGAACUAAACUAAGAAAACAAACUUUACACAAUAAGAUUAUAUCUGUUAGUUUGUAAAAAAUUAUAUUUAAACAAUGAGAAACUGCUGAAUUGUAUAAAUAAAUAAAUGUAAGGGUUAAACUAAAGAUGAGUAUUCUGCAAGGAGAAGUCUAGAUACGUAAUGAUAUAAAGAAUUAUGAAUUAAUACGAAAUUAUACUGAUGCGAAGAAAUUGAAACAAAAAAAAAACGAUGCGAUUUUGUUUAAGGUAAAUGUGUAGAAACUUGUAUUUCUAACAAAACUAAAUUCACAACCUAAACUUGUUAAUGCAAACUAAAUACAACAAACAGUAUUCUAAACUAAAACUACACUAGUAAACUUAAACUAUACUGUCUUAUACAAUACUUAGUGAAUGAACACUUUAAAUCAAUUUUUAGUUGAUAUUAUCGAUUAUUCGAUAAUGUUUAAUGUGCAUUAUAUUGUCAGUCAAUGUGCAUAAACAAACUUUGAGACACGCGCGCCAAGUUUACGAAUUUAGUUGGGUAACCACUUUGUAGUAGCCGUAUAUAACCUCACCCCUGAGUUGUGGUUAGAUGCGUUGGGUGUAACGUACAUGAGCGCUGUUAAGUGUUUAAAUGUAAGAGAGGUUAUGUUCACGUCUUGCUUUCGAUGCAUUGCCGCGUUUUGGGAUUCAAUGUGCGGGCAUACUAACGAUGACAGAGAGACAAAAUAACGCAUUACGUAUAAAUGUAAGUUUUAAGUUAAUAAAUAAAGAAUGUAUAUUCCCAUAAACCAAA